CUGUCUCAACAGGUGUGUAUCGUUAGCAUCGACCGCCCAAAAAAAGGUUCGCCGCGAUGUCGAUGGGCAGCGACAAAGGUUUCGAGAUGCAGAACCCCCUGUUCCUACAGCAGCCCAACGGCGGUGGCGACUCCAACGCAGAGGUCGCCACGAGCAACGACGAUAGCGGACGGAGGCGGCGUCGACCCGGCACAAGAGGCAACGGCAUUCUACAGCCCGGGGGCGUUGGCACUAGUAGUAGCAGCCACGGCAGCGCCGAACGGGGGCGCCGACCGCGCGGCGAAGCACUCGCCGCCAUCGGGGAAGGUCGUGGUCAGGCGGAGCGGGUAUGCAGCGACGACGAUGGCGGCGGCGCAGCCGCAGCGGCAGCAGUCGCGGCGAGGACACUGGGGAGGGACAGGAGCGAUGGCGCUCGCCAGGAGGGCACAGCCGCAGCCACAGCCGUAGCCGCAGCAGCAGCAGUCGGGGAGAGGAGAUUGGGGCCGGACAGGAGCAAUGCCUUCGACCAGGAGGGCACAGCCGCAGCCACAGCCACAGCCGCAGCCGCAGCCACAGCCACAGCCGCAGCCGCAGCCGCAGCCACAGCCACAGCCACAGCCACAGCCACAGCCGCAGGAGUAGUCGCGGUGAGGGGGUUGGGGCCGGACAAGAGCAAUGGCGAGGGCAGCAAGCCCGCGGCGGACCGGGCGGGGGCCCCCUCAACGGCGAGGGGCAUAGAGCCACCGGUACAGGGGUGCGGCGUAAUGACGUCGACGACCUUCUUGAAGCUGGUGACGGUCUUGGCGAUGGCGUACUUUGGGGUCAAGCUUUGGACAUUGCACUACGACCCUGCCAGCGGCAGGCUCUGCACCUUCCACGAUCGACACGCCUGCGUGACGUCGGCAUUGUCGAAGGUGUUGCUCACGGUGUCUCGGAUGUCCGCCGGGGCGCUGCUGCCAAGCAUGGCCUGCUGCAUCCUGUCCAAGUGCUACGCCACGAGAUACUUCCUCCACCACAGCUGGCUCGCCGUCGUCGUUAGCUUCGAGCCCGCGCACGAGCUCCACACAUUCUUCGGGUCGUUGACGCUGCUGUUCGGCGUGUUGCACGGCCUGGCCCACCUGGCGAGAGAAGUCAACGAGGGCAACUGGAACUUUUUCGCCUCGCCCAUGGGCCGCUCUGGGUUCGUUGCCCUCGUCCUGCUGUUCCCCAUCGCCGUGCCGAUGCUGCUUGGACGUCCGAAGAAGCUGAUGACGUUCGAGUUCCGCAAGGCUCUCCAUAUGCUGUUCAUUCCCUUCAUGGUGGCCAUGUGCUUCCACGGAAAGGUCCUGGCGGUGCUGGCCGGCAUCCUGGUGGCCUGGUACCUCGUUGACCGAACGUACUUCACGACCAGGAUGCACUUCUGCAUCGAGCGGGCAGUCUUCAGGCCAGUGGGGAGAGCGACGCUCGUACGGUUUGACCUCCCACCCGGGUACCAGUUCAACGUCGGCAGCUACAUCCAGGUGAACUGUCCGGCCAUCAGCGCGAAGGAGUGGCACCCGUUCUCCAUGUUUCCGGUGCCCGGCCCGCGUCCAAGGGGCGGCUUCUACGUCGAAGCGGUGGGUGACUGGACUCAGGAGCUUUUCCGACUCAGCCUGGAAGACCCUUGCAUGCCGCUGUGGAUCACGGCCGCUCAGCCCAGCGUCCUCGAGAAGAGCGUCUACUUCGAGAACGGUGAGGGUGCAGGACAUCCGGCUUUUCCGAGAAGUAAAAUGCCCACGUGGCUAUAGGAAAUGAUACCCAGCCCCGUACGCAUUUUUUGCGGUUGUUUUAUCCGUUCACCGCUCGAUGAAAUGUGUAUUUUUUGUUGGCAUCGGCCGCGCUAACCUUGCUGACCAAUGGACAUGCGUCAGUCUCAGUGUGUGCGUGUGUGUGCCUUUGGUAUUUCCUUCGACCGCGCUAACUGGCUGGCCAAUGUGUGUGUUUUUUUUAUUAGCAUCGACCACACUAACCGGCUGACCAAUGAAAAGGUGUCAGUGCCAGCGGGUAAAAAUCAAGGUCCCUGGGAGGGGGCCAAAAUUUGAAAAAUGCGAAAUGCGCUAAAAAUGCAAAUGCGAAUACGACUCUCUCUACAUAUUCUUUCACGUAGACACACAUCUCAGCUACACAAAAGCCCUCGCCCGAACCAAGGAAGCCACUGAUGCAAAGAGCGGAGGACAGCAAAAGGGUUAUUUCAAGCCCAGCCGAAGCCAGGAUAUCGUGGAUAUCGUGGUAUGCUGCAUCUCCCAAUUUGAUAAUCGUACACUCCCAAGAUCCAACAGUCGUCGUGUCAGCAGCUAGAUGACUCAAACAAAAUAGCAACACAUACAUUGCCACAGCUCCACACAUGCCCUCGUCCGAACCAAGCAAGCCACUAGGAAGUCACGAGGGGGCCAAGUCCUUCUCGCAGGUUCUCUUGACUUUCCUUCAGGUGAACACGUCCAGGAAUCCAGUAUCCGCAGCCGCCACAGUAGUACUGCUGUACUGUGUAGUAGUAGCAGGAAAUCCAGGCUGUACCCACCCGUUGUCCAAGCAAAGAUUUGUGAUUCCGUGAGAGAAGGAGAUACCACCGCCGUCGAAGGGUCGAAGGCACUGUCUGCCAGAUGUAGGCUGUGAGAUAGAUGGUGCCACCUAUGUGUUCUUAGCCUGCCCGCCCGUGAGGGUCGUGAAGAGGCCGUCAUGUGUGUGUGUGUGUGUGU